AUGUCUGAGUUGAGUGAUUCUGAAGUUAAAGUUGAGGUUGAAGAGCAAGCAGUCCCAAAGAAGACUCCAAAGCAGGAAAGUUCUGAAUCUACCAAUGGAUCUGCUCCGAAGAAACAGAAAAGAGGAUCAGCGGCUUCAGGUCAAAAAGUGUCGGCCGAGAUUCUUCAGAGACGACGAGAGGGGAGAAUAAAGGCACUAGCCACGUUGCAGUCGAAACUGGAUAAGCUUGGUAUCAAGAGAGUUGAUCAGAAAAAUGCUUUACCUGCCUCUACUGUUCCCUCAAUUUCAUUAAUCAAUCAAAAGAACUAUUUUACAGGUUAUUUGAAACGAGAUGAGCAGAAUCUGAGUAUCAAGAACGUGAAAGAAAUGAAUCGUCUCCUGGCAGAGAAAAAGAAGAAGGAUAAAUUGUCAAAGUCGAGUGCCGGUACUUCUACCAAUACUCCAGACGUAGAUGGCGAGGACGAGGAUGAUAAUGAUGGAGAUGUCGACGAGCGAGUCGGCUCCAACACUAUUGUCAUGCAUCCUGGAACCACAAAUAUACGAAUCGGACUUGCUACCGAUAUUGAUCCUAAAAUUAUUAAGAACGUGAUUGCCUUUCCAAGACGGCCUGGACAAGAGAGUACUAAGGGUUAUAUUUUUGAGUCCCGUAAGGGAUCUGAGCAUGAGGCCAAAGAGUUUGAGACGCACCUUCCUUCGAUUGUGUCUAGCUUCAGAGAAAGAAUGAGAUACUAUAAGAGAAGAAUAUUACCAAAUUCCAACGAAACGGUUGCUAACUUCAAUAAACGUCAGGAACCUCAAGUUGUUGAAGACCAUAACGAUAUUCAUAAAGUUGAUUUCUUGGACUCAAAAAAAUUAUUGAAUGACCCAGAAGUCAAAUAUUUGGUUGGAGACGACGCCCUCCGUUUGGAUGAUUAUUCUGAUUGGAUAUUGCGAUCUCCUUUCUACAAGGGAAAUUUCAAUGAAGACAAGUCAAUUUACAGAUCAAAUCAAGAAAUACUGGGUGAUAUUGAGCUUGUCAUCAAAGAAGGACUUUCCAAAAAUUUGGGUAUUGAACCUGCGAAGUACGCAGAUUUGAAUAUUAUACUCAUCAUUCCCAACUUGUAUGAUAAGACUUAUGUCGCCGAGAUGACAAACUUGUUGAUCAAUAUGUCUUUUGCUAACAUUGGAGUCUUGCAAGAGGGUGUGAGUGCAACGUUUGGAUCAGGUAUUUCUAAUGGUUGCGUCAUUGACAUAGGAUCCCAUUAUACGAAAGUUUGCUGUGUUGAUGAAGGCAUGAUAAUUCCUAAUUCUCAGAUUGAACUUGAUUAUGGUGGGGAUGAUGUAACCAAGACUUUUGCCAAAAUGUUGAAACGAAACCAGUUUCCCUACAAAGAACUAGAUCUUUCUCGUAUCACAGACUGGAAUUUGAUCAGUCAACUAAAAGAAAAGUACUUAACGUUUGAAGAUGCUGAUAUAGCCAUUCAAUUAUACAACUUUUCAGUUAGGAAUCCACAUCAGCUGACAAAAAAGUACGACUUCAAAGUGUUUGACGAAGUUAUGAUUUCUCCCAUGGGUUUUUUUUAUCCUGAAGUAUUCGGUGCACGAGGAAGCCCCAUCAACAGAAAGGGAAAUUUUUUUGACGUACACAGGGAUUACUUUUCAGGAAGAUAUGAUUCUCCCUUAAGUAGAUCCCAAUUGGACCAAGUUGAAGGAAAGUUUUUGGCGAAUAUGGAGGAUUUGGAAGAGAUUGUCAAUCGGUUGCUUUCUGAAUCUUGUGGUUUAGGAUCGAAUUACAACAUGGGAAACAAUAGUAACACUUCAAGUGGUAACAACAACUUAGGGAACACAGGUGCAGCAACUGCAGGUUCUGAGGAUAGCUCAGAUUACAUGGAAAUUGAGGAGACUAAAUUGAAAAAGCAAAUUAAGAAUUUCUUAGAACUGAAGAAAGAAGGUAAAGGUUUGAAUCUUACACCUUUGGAAUUAGCUGUUAUUGAAAGCAUAUCGUAUGCAGGAUUCCAAGAUAUGAACAAGCUGAAAAAGCUUUAUGAAAAUAUUCUGAUCGUUGGGGGAUCUUCGAAGAUUGAUGGGCUAGAUCUAAUUUUAGUAGAUCGAAUCCAUAUCGCCAGAUCACCAGUUCUAUAUAGUACCAGUUUGGACCAAGCUAUAAAGUACAUUACGCUCAAGAAAGAGGAAUUUGAAAAAGCCAACAAGGAUAGCAAAACGGAAGGAGAUGUAAAGGAGUUCAAGAUAACAGAAGAGCAUUUGGAACAUCUUAGAGGUCUCCUAGAGGGGACCUCUGCUGUGCCGAUCGAAAUAUUAUCAUCUUCGAGAGAUAUAGAUCCAGCUGAAAUGUGCUGGAAAGGAGGAUCUGUUUACGCCCGACUCAAGAUUGUCAAUGAAAUGUGGAUCAACAAAGAGGAAUGGAACAUCUUCAAUGAUCGUGCAUUCAAUUAUAAGUGUUUGUUUACAUUCUAA